GUUCUUUUAGGCAGAAGACUCAAGCUAGAGCUGCCACUUGUACUUACAUCCUCAAGAACUGAGGGAAGGUCCAAGAAACGGUCUGUUCUUUCUCUAGUUUCUCCUCCUGGUGCUGGUCUGUUACCACUCUGUUUAGCAAGUUCUGGCAAUGCCUGUGCCCAAACCUGGCGACAUGAUUAGGUUCCCCAGUAAAGUAAUUGGCUGGCAUCAUUGGGGUAUUUAUGUUGGGGAUAAUACUGUUGUCCACCUGGUGCCUAAAGGUAGAUCAGCUUUGGAGGCUACUACUGCCAAAGUGAAGAAAAGACCACUCGGUAAAGAGUACAGCAUCAGUAAUAAUUGUGAUAUCAUAUUCGAGCCACGUCCACCUGAAGUGAUCAUCAAGAAUGCCUUGAAGAUGGUGGACGAGAUUCUGCCCUACUGUUUCUUCACCGAGAACUGUAGGCGCUUUGUGACUGACCUGAGAUAUGGGAAAUUUAUGAAAAACAGGCGCCUUCAGGAUCCUAUGAAGCUAAUUGGGAUAGUUGGUGGUUUGCUUCUUUUUGGCCUCAUCCUGUUUCCAUAAUGACUUCGAGAGACAGACCUCAAAGCCAUCACAGAUGCCUACAUUAUGAUAGCAUGGCUGGGCUGCAGUUAUGAUUUGGCCAUGUAGCAUGUAGUUUGACAUAUAUCUAUAUACACACAUACAUAUACAUGCAUAUAUACAUACAUAUAUACAUGCAUACGUGUAUAAGACCUUCCCAGUUUUCUUCCUUAAGGAGUGGCUGAAACAUAUGUGACACUAAGUAACUUAGUAGCACUAGGAGCUAAGCUCUUUAGAUCCCAAAGCAAGGUCACCUCUAGCUGGUCAGGCUUGGACAGGGUGCCUUGCUCAAUUAAUUCCCUGGGAGCUGUAGUUCUUCCCAGUUUGGGAGCAAAGGAAUCUAACCCAGCAGGACUGGGGGGGUCGUGUUUUUCCUGAGGGGGAAGUUUUGAGGCUCUCUCUUGAGAGAGAGGGCACUGAGAAAGAAAGGAAGUAUCCUCACUCAGGUAGUAAACAUCAGAGGCAGAAUUUGAACCCAGGUCCUUUGACUCCAGAGCCAGUGCUCCUUCCACCAAACCAAGCUACCAACAGCUACACCCUGCUAUGUGCCAGGCACUGUGUUGGACCAUGCUUGCUUUUUUUUUUUUUUUUUGCGAGGCAAGGGGGUUAAGUGUCUUGCCCAGGGUCACACAGCUAGUAAGUGUAAAGUGUCUGAGGCCAGAUUUGAACUCGGGUACUCCUGAAUCCAGGGCUGGUGCUUUAUCCACUGAGCCACCUAGCCGCCUCCCCAUGCUUGCUUUUAAGGAGCUCAUUCCAUGAAUGCUUCUGCUUUUAAUACAUAUCUACUAAUGUAACUUGAUUAAAGAGUAUUUGAUGUUUG